CUCUUUUACGUUCUGGAAAAGGUGUGAAUGGUAAGUCGUUAAUAUCCCUUCUUCUCCUCCUUGUUCCUCAAUUCUUUGGCUUUCUUCAUCUUUUCAAUUGUUCAUUUAUCAUCCUGCCUUUAUUUUCCUUUGUUUUCUCCUUUUACUCCUCUUGCUAUUAAUCUCAUUCGUCCUCCUAUUCCUCUUAUUCUUUUCCUACCUCUACCCCUUUCCUCCAUCUCCUUCUCCUUGUUCUCUUCCUCUUCCUUCAUCCUCCUCUUCCUGUUCUCCCGUCCAUUCACCUUCAUCCUUCCUCGCCUCGCCUUCUCUUCCGUCAAUUCGAAAGCAGCCGAAGCCAACGGCUCACCAGCUCUUCCCGCCUCUUCCCGCAGCCACAACAAUUCGACUCGCGCCUCGCCCGACCGCCAGCAGCGCCACCGCAACAGCAGCCAGCGUGCGUCCCGAAGCCAGUCGUUCAACUACAACGACCUCAAGGACGUCGACGACGAGGCCAACGGGAAUGGCUACUACUACGACCAUGACCCGGACCCAAGCGACGGAGGCAACCGCCAACGUCGCAGCCGGCGAGGGGGCCGAGACGGCGACAUCGCCAAGGGCGUGGGUCGCCUCAGUCUCGACAAGAAUCGGAGUCGCAGCCUGACAGAGGACGACCCCAGGCCCAAGAUGCCCUUCAUCCCCUUCCAGAGGGUCCAAAACAUCCGCAAGAAGACGGUCAUUCCCGCCAGCAACAGCAACGACUUCCGGGUGGAGCCGUACAGGAGUCCCGACCGCAGGAGGCGCUUCACCCACCGCGACUGGCUGAUGAACCAACCCAACAACCGCUUCGCCACGGAGUACAAUAGCCGCUAUCAGGAGUCGUCGCAGGAGCGGCAACGCAGGGCGACCAGGCGGAAGAACGACUCUGGUCAGGUGGACAAGCUCCUCAUAAACCCCGCCUACGACGACAAACGUAAGUCCAACAACAACGACGCCAAGAGCGGCUAUCAUAGCGACAGCGGCUACAGCAGGACCAGUUACUCCCGUGUCAACUCCACGGGCGGGUCGAGAGGAGACGACACCGCCAAGACCCCCUCUUCGGGUGGUUCCGUCAAGCUGCCGCAGAUUCGCGAUUCGCCGCUCACUGCGCCAGACAGCGCUACAUCAGUUGCGGGGAAAGGAGCCGCGGCGCCACCUGUCAUGGCGAGUCCCGGAACCUCUGGCGACGCCCCCGCAUCUGCGACGUCCAGGAUGCCCUCUCUCCGCGCCAGGGUGCAACCCCAAGAGUCAUCGCGGUGGGUGGAGGGAAAGGGCUCUGGCUGCCUCAGACAUUUCUUCCCUCUCUUUAGACCUUCAGCGCCGAAGGCAGAGCCGACGACGCGCACUCCAGCAGCAUCCUUCCAGCCGCCCGCGUCUUCGAAUCGGCCUUCAUCGCCCGUAGGUCAAUAUACCUCGUCCUCGAAUCAGGCUCCAUUAAGGGCUGGAGGUUCUUACGCUACUUUGACAGAUCCUUCAAGUGUAUCCCAACGCCCCAACUCCCCACCUUCCAGUCCACUCCAGGACUCCCCGACUCUCAGCAAAGAGCCCUCAAGCUUGGUCCAUGUUCCGCCGUCUUCACUCCUACAAGACUCUCCUCCAAAGCAAAGGACAGAUGACCCUGUCUAUACUACCUGUUUUUCUAUAGCAGUCCCACCAUCUACCUUAAAUGCUUCUGUGCCACCAGCGAACGUUCACUUCAAAAAUACUUUAAAUCUCAACAAAGACCUAACACUUACUCCAAACACUCUAUCUCCUACUGCUGACAUUCCUACAGAUCCUAACGAGGAUCCAGCAGCAUCCCCUGUCAGAGCAUCACCUUUCCUUGGACGCUCUUCACCACCUCCGAGAAAGGACUCCCCACAGACAGGCUUGGAACCUCCACCUGACAGCGCCGACUCACCGCCUUUGGCCAUGAAUUCCUUCCCCGUUCAAGCCGGGACGUCCUCCUGCCGACACCGCUCGCUGGGUCAUGGGGAAGGGGGCGGGGCGCCUUCAGGGGCUCGCCACAAAGCCCGCAAGCUCCUACAAGAAAGAUAACAGUCGCAGAGCUUCCCUUA